UCCAGUUGUUCUACUCUUGCGCUCAGUGAGAAGAUAUCUCCCGUUUUUACUUAGCUUCCAGCUUUGUUUUUAUUUUUAUUUUUGAACUUACCUUGCAUUUUAAGCUUUCUCAUCCAGCAUUUCGGCAUUUUUUUUUGUACUUUUCGUUGAUUUGGAGUGCAGAGACCGGUUCCUCCUUCACUUCACUAUGCUGCCAAUUUUGCACUUUCACAACUGAAACCUGUUAUGUAAUGUGAAACUUUGAUUUGCCGAAGGAAAUAAAUUUUGCGUUAAUUUACUCACAAUGACUGAGGAGAGCAGAAGUGAGCACAGAGCUGAAAGCGGGAAGGACUUGGAAAAACAGCUCCGGUUACGAGUGUGCGUCCUAAAUGAACUUUUAAAGACUGAACGGGAUUAUGUUGGGACACUAGAGUUUUUAUCGGUGUUCCUACAUCGUCUCAACCAGUAUGCUGCCACCAAAAUUGACAAGAACGUCACAGAGGAAUCGGUUAAGGUUUUAUUCUCCAACAUCGAGGAGAUCCUGGCCAUUCACAAAGACUUCUUGUCCAUGGUGGAAGAGCUGCUGCAGCCUGACCCUCAUCCUCACCAUGAAAUCGGGCGCUGCUUCUUGCACUUUAGGAGCCGUUUCCAGAUUUAUGAUGAAUAUUGUGGGAAUCAUGAGAAGGCCCAGAGGCUGUUGUUGGAGCUGAAUAAGAUCAGGAGUGUCCGGACAUGUUUACUGAACUGCAUGUUGCUAGGAGGCAGAAAAAACACAGAGGUCCCACUGGAGGGUUACCUGGUUGCUCCUAUUCAGAGGAUCUGCAAGUACCCAUUGCUGCUCAGAGAGCUGCUAAAGAGAACUCCUAAGAAGCACAACGACUAUGCUCUGGUGCAGGAAUCUCUACAUGUGAUGAAGGCGGUGUGUUCCAGCAUCAACGAAGCAAAGAGACAGAUGGAGAAGUUGGAGAUUUUGGAGGAAUGGCAGUCUCACAUCGAGGGUUGGGAGGGCUCCAAUAUCACAGAUACAUGCACGGAGAUGAUCAUGCAGGGUGUCCUGCUGAAAAUUUCAGCUGGAAACAUACAGGAGAGGAUUUUCUUCCUGUUUGACAAGCUUCUUGUCUACUGCAAGAAGAAAAACAGGCGUUUAAAAAACAGCAAGACAGCCACUGAGGGUCCUCGCUACCUAUUCAGAGGGAGAAUCAACACCGAGGUGAUGGAGGUGGAAAAUGUGGAUGAUGGCACGGCUGACUACCACAGCAGCGGGAACAUAGUGAACAACGGCUGGAAGAUCCACAACACGGCCAAGAACAAGUGGUUCGUCUGCAUGGCCAAGACCCCAGAGGAAAAGCAGGAGUGGCUGGAGGCCAUCAUGAAAGAGAGGGAGAGGAGGAAAAGUCUGAGGCUCGGGAUGGAGCAGGAUACGUGGGUGAUGGUGUCAGAGAAGGGAGAGAAACUCUACCACCUCAUGACCAAGGGUAACCUCAUUAAGGAUCGUAAACGCAAGCUCACCACCUUCCCCAAGUGCUUCCUAGGAAGUGAGUUUGUGUCUUGGCUGAUGGAAAUUGGUGAGACAGACAACCCGGAGGAAGGAGUUCACCUGGGUCAAGCUCUGCUGGAGAACGGCAUCAUCCACCAUGUCACAGACAAACACCAGUUCAAACCUGAGCCUGUACUGUAUCGCUUUCGCUACGACGAUGGCACCUACCACCCCAGAAGUGACAUGCAUGAUGUCAUAUCAAAGGGUGUUCGGCUCUUUUGCAGACUUCACAGCCUUUUUACCCCUGUCAUCAGGGAUAAGGACUACCAUUUACGGACCUACAAAUCUGUAGUGAUGGCCAACAAACUUAUAGACUGGCUUAUUGCACAGGGGGACUGCCGAACGAGGGAGGAAGCGUUGAUCUUGGGGGUAGAGCUGUGCGACAAUGGCUUCAUGCAUCACGUGUUGGAAAAGAGUGAAUUCAAGGACGAGCCCUUGCUGUUUCGUUUCUUUGCUGAUGAGGAGAUGGAGGGCUCCAACACCAAACACAAACCCAUGAAGCAUGAUCUGAAAAUAGUAGAGAACGUCAUCUCCAAAUCUCUCCUGAUAAGACCCAGUGAUGGAGGCUAUGGCUUUACCCUGGAAGAGAGGAACAAAGUCCCCAUCAUCAAAUCUGUUGAGAAAGGCUCACCAGCUGAGAUGGCUGGCCUGGAGGUGGGAAAGAAGUUGUUUGCCAUAAAUGGAGACCUGGUGUUCCUCAGGCCUUUCUCUGAAGUCGAAGUUCUCCUUAGGCAAUGUUUCAACAGCAAGGGACCCCUCAGGGUGCUGGUCAGCACCAAGCCAAGAGAGACAGUAAAGAUCCCAGACUCGGCUGAUGGGCUAGGGUUCCAGAUCCGAGGCUUUGGUCCAUCUGUAGUUCAUGCUGUUGGGAGAGGCACGGUGGCAGCCAUCGCUGGCCUCCACCCAGGCCAAUGCAUCAUCAAGGUGAACGGCAUCAAUGUAAGCAAGGAGAGCCAUGCUAGCGUUAUUGCUCAUGUCACCGCGUGCAGGAAGUACCGGCGACCUACGCAGCAAGACACUAUUAAAUGGGUGUACAACAACAGUGAGAGCGCCCAGGAGGACAACCAGAAAACUAACCAGAAACCCACCACUGAGGAAAAUGGAGAUGGCUUUGAGUGCAAAGUAGAAGAGGUGAUGGACAAAUUCAACACUAUAGCCAUCAUUGAUGGGAAGAAGGACCACGUAAGUCUGACGGUAGACAACGUCCAGCUGGAGUACGGUGUGGUGUACGAAUAUGACAGCACAGCUGGUAUCAAGUGCCAUGUGCUGGAAAAGAUGGUUGAACCCAAGGGAUUUUUCAGCCUCACUGCUAAGAUCCUGGAGGCGCUUGCGCGUAAUGAUGACAUGCUGGUGCAGAUGUGUGGCAGGUUGAGUUCAAGCUGUGAUGUUAUCCCUGAGGAGCUGCAGGUACGCUUCAGUGCAAUGUGUGGUGACAGAGUGGAGCAUAUCAACCGGCGCAUCACCAACUACAGAAAGUUUGCUAGGGUACUGAAGAACAGAGCGUGGCCCACCUUUAAGCAAGCCAAGGCCAAGGUGUCUCCCCUCCAUAGCAGCGACUUCUGCCCCACAAACUGUCAUAUUAAUGUGAUGGAGGUCUCCUAUCCCAAAACUACCACUUCUCUGGGUAGUGCCUUUGGUGUUCAACUGGACAACAGGAAGAACACACUGGAGAAGGGAGGAUGCAGCAGUGCUGAGCAGGGCUCAGGUAAACUGAACCCCAUGGUUAAUGUCCAGCACACCAUCACCACUAUGGCUGCACCAUCGGGUCAUAGCUUGGGCAGGACCGAAGGACACGGCCUUCGGUUCCUGCUCAGAGAAGAUGACCUGCUCACCCUGGAUGCUUAUCAGAAACUCCUCUACAAACUCACCACUGUUGUCAAGGAGAUGGAGACUCAUGGCACCCAUAUUCACAACAUUCUAUCCUCCAUCACCCAUCCUCCAGCAUUAGAGGCGAGGACCCCAGAGAAUUACAUUUCUGCAGAGAGCGAAGGGGAGAAGGGGGAGCGCAACGGGAAGAAAGUGUGUUUUAACGUGGCAGGGGACGAGCAGGAGGACUCCGGACACGACACAAUCAGUAACAGAGACUCAUACAGUGACUGUAACAGCAACAGAAACUCCAUUGCAUCUUUCACCAGCAUCUGCAGCAGCCAUUGUAGCUCCUAUGUUCACAGUGAUGAGAUCGACUCAGGAGACGAGAUGCCAUCCAGUGUGUGGCUGGCCCACGAUAAACAGAAGAAACUUCACAGCUUCUUGGAGCAUCUGUUUAGCCAGGUGGAAUCAAUCACCAGCAUGCUGAGAGGAGAUGUGGUGGCUCGGGCUUUCGAGCAGACGAAGUGCUUCACACCUGGAAGAGGAUUACAAGAGUUUCUGCAGGAGAUGGAGCCCAGGGUGAACUGCACCAAGAAGUUGCGUCUGCAUGUCAAGCAGGAUCCUUGGAACCUUCCCAGCAGCGUCCAGACCCUCACACAAACCAUCGCUAAAUAUGUUGAAGAGGUGAAGACACGGCUGCUCUUGGUCUUACUACAGUAUACAGACUCUGAGAUCCAGUUGCGUCGAGAUAUGGUGUUCUGUCAGUCUCUAGUUGCAUCUGUGUGUGCCUUUUCAGAGCACCUAUUGGCUAUCCUCAACCAGUUCUACAAUGUAAGCAGGGAGCCUGAUCAAGACAGCUCAGACCCCCAGGAGUUUCAGGAGGCUCAGGAAGCCAGCCGCCGUUGGCUGGAGCAGAUCGCCAGAGCUGGGCUGCUCUUCCACUUCCAGUCCCUGCUCUCCCCCAAUCUGACUGAUGAGCAGGCCAUGUUGGAGGACAUUCAGGUGGCCCUUAUUGACCUGGAGAAGGUCACAUUCUACUUCCAGCAAUUUGAAGGGGAGCCGCUGGUGGCCAACAUGCCUAUUUCAUACCAGGUGGAGGGCACCCGCCAGGCCUUAAAGGUUUGCAUCUACCUGGAGAGUUUCUACUUCUCCCAGCUGCCUCAGCGGCUGAAAAACGGAGGAGGCAUCAAGAUCUACCCUGUGCUAUUCACACAAGCGCUGGAGAGUAUGGAGGGGUACUACUACAGAGACAAUGUUUCAGUGGAGGAAUACCAGGCUCAAAUCAAUGCUGCCUCAUUGCACAAGGUCAAGCAGUACUACAAGAGACUGAGGGCUUUCUACCUGGAUCAGUCCAACAUGCCACCCAGCUCUGCACCCAAAGCUGCCCUCAUAGAUAAGUUGAUGCGUCCCCUCAAUGCUCUGGAGGAGCUUUACCGUCUGAUGGAGAGUUUUAUCAGUUGUCGCCGCACCGCUGCCUGUCAGUACACUGCAUGCGGGGCUUCUGGAGUGGGGCUUCUCACUGUGGCCUCUGAGCUCUGCUCACGUCUGGGAGCCACACACAUCGUCAUGUGCAACAGCGGCGUUCACCGCUGCACUCUGAGUGUGACACUAGAGCAGGCCAUCCUGCUGGCCCGAAACCAUGGCUUGCCCCCUCGUUGCAUCAUGCAGGCCACUGAUGUCAUGAGGAAACAGGGAGCAAGAGUUCAGAAUUCUGCCAAAAAUCUGGGGGUGAGGGAUCGCACACCGUCAUCAGUCCCAAGGUUGUACAAGCUGUGCCAGCCUCCACCCCCAGAUGGUGACCAAUAAUGCAUUGGAUCCAGGAAGAUGCUGAAGAAGUCGUGGGGAGAUUUGCGUCCCAAGCAUUCUGCUCUUAAGGUUUUUCCUCCACUCAUGAAGGAUCAACUUAAUUAAACAGUUACUGAACAUUUUGAUAUGUUCAGACUAGCUGCCUGAAGUGUAAAUAGAAAUUUAAAAGCCGUUAAUAGUAUUUUUAAUACUUUAUAUUUUUCACAGUUGUAUUUUAUACAUAUUUAGGUUUUUUAUUGUAUAAUGCAUCAGACAAGAAGAUAUUUCAGAUUGAGGAAACAAAAGAUUUUACGCCCGGAGAAUGGAGUUGAAUUAGCUCAGUGAAAUUGAAUGAACCCCAUCAGUUCACUGUCUGCAUAUUAUGGGCUGAAAAUUAUAUUUGUUUUCAUGAGUGACAUUAGCAUUACAUGUUACUAGUUUAAUUUGCAUAUGAAAGAAGCAAGAUAAUAUUGAUUAAAAGAAUACUGGAUGUAAUUUGUCUUAUGUCUGUUCAAAUUAGCCAAUAAUUUUUCUGCUUCUGUUCUCUGACUUCUAUGCUUUAUCCAUUCUGUCAGACUUUUGAUAACCAUAUGAAUGUGUGCUUUGUAACAUUCCUCAACAUGAUUUAUAUUCGCUUGUAAAAAUUAAGCAAAAUUAUGCUGAAAGAAUUAUGCUCUUGUUUCCCACUGAUUCAGAAUUUCUAUGACUGUUAUAUGCAUGCAUGUAAAGAUGUUCAAUGGUUUAUCAGUAUUAACAUAUAAUAGGAUUUUGGGAGUAGAGCUAUGAGAUAUACUAUGUUAUUUUAUAUUGACAGUACUCAGGAUUAAAGUGACUCUCUUUGUUACUUAUUAUUGGAUGUUAUCAUUGUAUAGUGGAUGACUAGCUCACUACUACUACAAACAACCAAGUGAUAAUAAACUGCAUCAAUAAGCUCCAUUAGUGUUCCUACAUACAUAUACUGUAUGUCUUUGUUUCAUCACUGUAAAAGUGAAGGUCGACUAUUGCUGAAAAUUGUCCUCAAAACACUAAAAUGUUGCCAUGUACACAGUAUGUAAAAAUAUAUUAAAGCUGAUGGGCACUUCUUUAGUUUUUGCUCAUGGGAAUGAACCAGAACACUGUCGUCUAGUAAGAGUAUUAGCUUAAU